AUGGUGGUAUGGUAUAUUUCAACCAUGAUCUUACUUAAAAGUUAAAUGUAUUGUUGUGAUAUAUUUUUUGGUGCUAUAAUUUGGUGUUAAUAAUUUAAUAUAAGCUGUAAGCAUCUACUGGUUUAUUUUACUGGAGCUACCAUAAUUCAUUAUAUAAAAUAUAUUCUAAUAUUUUAACGCUUCUGUGACUUAAUCAUAUUUCAAUAACUGUCAGCCAAUAUGUCUAGAGGAGACAUACAAUAUUCAACAAAAUAUGAAGACAAUAUGUACAUUUACAGGCAUGUAAUCUUACCAGAAGACAUGGCCAAACUCUUACCUAAGACUCAUUUGAUGACUGAAACUGAAUGGCGAAAUCUUGGUAUUCAAAUGACAUCUGGCUGGAUGCAUUACAUGAGAUAUGAUCCAGGUAUGCAUAAAUAG